UAAAAAAAAAAAAGUCGACAAAUCAGUAAGACAAGUGCAAAGAAAAGAGUAUUCAACACUAUUUCAGAUAAUAAAAAUGUCUAAAGCGCCUGCAAUCGGAAUUGAUCUUGGAACAACAUAUUCUUGUGUUGGAGUUUUUCAACACGGAAAAGUUGAAAUAAUUGCUAACGAGCAAGGAAAUCGGACGACUCCGAGUUAUGUCGCUUUUACCGACACUGAAAGACUAAUUGGGGAUGCAGCAAAAAAUCAAGUAGCAAUGAAUCCUUCAAACACAGUGUUUGAUGCAAAGAGGUUGAUUGGAAGGAAAUUCAACGAUCCAUCGGUUACUUCAGACAGAAAACAUUGGCCUUUCAAUGUUAUAGAUGAGGGGUCUAGACCAAAAAUUCAAGUUGAAUUCAAAGGAGAAACUAAAUCUUUUUACCCAGAAGAGAUAUCGUCCAUGGUUUUGCUUAAGAUGAAAGAAAUUGCGGAUGCUUAUCUCGGUAAAAAAGUUACUGAUGUUGUAAUUACUGUACCAGCUUACUUUAAUGAUUCGCAAAGACAAGCGACCAAAGACGCUGGAGUCAUUGCCGGGUUAAACGUCCUACGUAUUAUUAACGAGCCAACUGCAGCUGCUAUUGCAUAUGGUCUCGACAAAAAAGUGGGAAAAGAGAAAAACGUGCUUAUUUUUGAUUUGGGCGGUGGCACCUUUGACGUUUCCAUUCUCGCCAUAGAAGAUGGUAUAUUCGAAGUAAAAUCAACUGCAGGCGACACUCACCUUGGUGGCGAAGAUUUUGAUAACCGUCUUGUUAACCAUUUUGUUGAAGAGUUUAAGCGAAAGCAUAAAAAAGACAUUUCUAGCAAUAAAAGAGCACUUCGACGUCUAAGAACAGCGUGUGAAAGAGCCAAGAGAACACUUUCAGCAAGUACGCAAGCGAGCGUUGAAAUUGACUCGCUGUUUGACGGUAUUGAUUUUUACACGUCAAUUACUAGAGCACGUUUCGAAGAGUUAUGUAUUGAUUUGUUUAGAGGUACUCUUGGCCCCGUUGCUGAUGCUAUUAGAGAUGCUGGAAAAAACAGCAACGGUCAGAACUUUUCCAAGUCUGAUAUACAUGAGGUUGUUUUAGUUGGUGGUUCCACUCGCAUUCCAAAAGUACAAAGUCUUCUCCAAGAGUUUUUCAACGGAAAAGAACUUAACAAAUCUAUUAAUCCAGACGAAGCUGUAGCUUACGGUGCUGCCGUUCAAGCGGCUAUUUUAGCUGGCGAUAAACAUGAGGCUGUUCAGGACCUUUUACUUCUUGAUGUUGCUCCUUUAUCACUUGGAAUUGAGACUGCUGGAGGAGUGUUUACUCCGUUGAUUAAGAGAAACACUACUGUUCCGACAAAGUAUUCUCAAAUAUUUUCUACGUAUGCUGAUAAUCAACCUGGUGUCCUAAUUCAGGUCUUUGAGGGUGAAAGAAGCAUGACAGCUCAUAAUAACUUACUUGGUAAAUUUGAACUUUCUGGAAUUCCACCUGCUCCUAGGGGAGUCCCUCAAAUUGAGGUAACCUUUGAUGUCGAUGCCAAUGGUAUUUUAAACGUUUCUGCGUUGGACAAGAGCACUGGAAAAGAAAACAAGAUCACUAUCACGAAUGAUAAAGGUCGUCUUUCUAAAGAAGACAUCGAGAGAAUGGUUCAAGAAGCAGAAAAGUACAAAGCUGAUGACGAUCUUCAGCGAGACAGAGUUCAAGCGAAGAACUCUUUGGAGAGCUACUGUUAUAAUAUGAAGCAAACUGUAGAAGACGAAAAAGUUAAAGGCAAAAUCAGUGAAGAAGAUAAAAAAACAAUUCUAAAAGGUUGCAAUGAAACAGUAGAGUGGCUUGAUAGAAAUCAAACUGCCGAUAAAGACGAGUUCGAACACAAACAAAAAGAACUUGAAAAGGUAUGCAACCCUAUUAUUACAAAACUUUAUCAAGCUGGCGGAGUUCCUGGAGGUAUGAACGGUACCAUGCCAGGAGGUAUGCCUGGUGGCUCUUACAAACCUAGUUCUGGCGGACCAACUAUAGAAGAAGUUGAUUGAAAGUCUCUUUUUAGCGUGUUAAUAAAUUUUUUUUUACUGUUUGUACGAUAUUUGUAAAUACUUUUAAAAGCAUGUACAUUUUAUAGAGAUAAUAAAAACGACAAUUUUUAA